AUGAAUUCUAUCCAAUUUCUUACUUUUCCAGAAAUACAAACAAUUAUUUCGAAAAUAAGCGAUUUAUAUUACAAAGAGCUCGGAUUUUCAUACAAAAUAAUCAAUGACAAUCCGGGUGACGAACUAAUCCCUGAAAAUUUCAAUCCAAAAAUUUUAAUUUUUUUACCAAAAGAAGAAAUUGUUCCAUCUCCAUCAAUUGUCUACGGAACGAGUAUAUAUAACCUUGCUACAACACUACGAGUCGAAAAUGACGUUUUUGUUAGCAAUUUUCUUUACAAAAAAUUUAUUUUUGAUGUCAGAGACCAAACUAUUAAAUUUGAAAAAGGGAAUACUCCAUUUGGCAAGCAUAUAGCCUUAGUAUACCGCUUUUACCAGAAAAAUGACACUUGUGUCCUUAAUAUUCCAUCAUUUGUCCUCAGACACGAAAAAACAAAAAUUUACAGAUACGAAAACGAUACAAAAGUAGAGACGAUAACAUGUUACAACAUGAAUACCGAUAAAAACGAACAAAUAAAGCAUUCAUGGAAUAUCAGGUUAUCUUGUCAAGAAAAAGACACAGAUUUACUACUAAUGGAUACAUACGAUGAUGUAUAUUAUUUCGAAUACGAUCCUGGCCGCAUUCUUUUAUCAACAAAUCCAAUUCCUUCAAUAUGCGGAAAAUCUGUUUUAGUUAUGAAGAGUUAUCAACAAAUUAAGAGGAUUGUAUGGAUAAAUAACACAUUGGUAUCCAACAAAGACUCAGAUUUCGUGACUUUUUCUCAUUUUAAUUCAGAUCUUAAAGAUCAAACGGUUGUAUACACAAAUUACUUUGUUCCUGCAAUUGUGACCAAGGAAAUGUAUACACCACCUCAAUUAAUUGUUGAAUUAAUCAAUGACAAAAAUAAAAUUGAAAAUUUUGUUGUCACGAACAUGCUGAAUGGGAAAAUUGUUAAGAAAUACUCAAUAGAUGAAUCAAUUGACUUCAAUCUCCCUGUAGUUCUGUUCCAAACCAUUUUAAUUAAUCAAAAUAAUAUUAUUCCGUUUUUAUUCAACGAAAAGUUGAUUUCGGACAAAUGUUACAUUGCCAAUCGCAAAAACAUCAAAAAUGUAACAGAAUCAGAGAGAUUUGUCCAAAUUCAAAAAGAUGAUUUUUCUUUUUACUUCUUGAACUUGAAAGAACCCACUCUUGUCUCUUACUGUCUAUCAGGAAGCCCUCCAACGGUGAUUGCAUCCCUUGCAAAGUACUUUCUUCUGUAUGUUUUCGAUUUGAAAGUAAUUUCAAGCGGAAAAACGAUUACAAUUGAUCCGGAUGGACUUAUUAAUAUCGACCAGCUCCAAAAUGUCUCGCAAAUAGAGAUAAUUCAUAAAUCAAAACAAAUAAAAAUUUAUGAAAUCUCUUUGAAGGUUAAUAGUCACAAAACGAGUAGGGAACCAGAGAUAACCUCUUAUUUCGAUGGUUCGUACAAGAAAAUACCAUUGCAAUCAAAAGAUAAGGAAAAUUUUUAUUAUUUGCUUGACAAAUCAUCAAAAGUCACUAAAAUUGUGAUACCUGAUGAAAUCAACCUUGUGUUCUUUGAUUGCAGCUUGAUUACCUCAACUUCCUUGUUAAUUUGA